ACGCAGCCGCGCUCCUCUCCAGAGUAUUGUUGGAGACGUAACGCAGCCGCGCUCCUCUCCGGAGUAUUGUUGGAGACGUAACGUAGCCGCGCUCCUCUCCAGAGUAUUGUUGGAGACGUAACGUAGCCGCGCUCCUCUCCAGAGUAUUGUUGGAGACGUAACGCAGCCGCGCUCCUCUCCAGAGUAUUGUUGGAGACGUAACGUAGCCGCGCUCCUCUCCGGAGUAUUGUUGGAGACGUAACGUAGCCGCGCUCCUCUCCAGAGUAUUGUUGGAGACGUAACGCAGCCGCGCUCCUCUCCAGAGUAUUGUUGGAGGCUCAAGAUGGCUCCUGAUAAAGUUGGGUAGCUGACAUUCAGAGCAUAAAUAGACACGUUGAUUAGUCCCUGUUUUACAAAUGGUGGCCUACCACAUGGAUUGGCAUUCAUAAAAUGGCAUUGAGGCCGACAUGGUAGGCUACACCCCAGGAAGCACGAGAUCAGAGAUGCCGUCUAACGUGGAGAUCAAGGCGAGGGUGAGCAAUGCGAUACGAUUGGCGGAGAGAGCCAGACAGCUAAGCCAAUCAGAGGGAACAGUAAUCCGCCAGCAGGACACGUUCUUCAACUGCAGCACCGGACGGCUUAAACUACGUAACCUGAUGGAUGGGAGUGGUCAGCUGAUCUUCUAUGAGAGACCAGAUUGUGACGGGCCCAAGGUGUCCAGCUACUCUCUCUCUACUACACAGGACCCAGAGGGGCUCAGAACUGUGCUGGCUGAUUCUCUAGGGGUUAAGGGUGAGGUGAGGAAGGAGAGGAGGCUGUUCCUUGUUGGUCAGACGAGGGUUCACUUGGACUCAGUGGAGGGCCUGGGACACUACAUGGAGCUAGAGGUGGUGUUGAGGGAGGACCAAAGGCCUGAGGAGGGGGAGGCGAUUGCUCGCAGCCUGAUGAAGGAGCUCGGUGUCGGGGAUGACAGCCUGGUGACUGGUGCCUACGUGGACCUCUUGCUGGAAGGCCAGGGAUAGCAACACACAGUAUAUGAACCCUACCAUGCAGGACUACAACAUUCCCAUCAUGUGAAAGCAACUGGAAAACGCUUUUGGUAAUAAAAAAUAAAAUAGCAAA